ACGAUCAAAGAUAAAAAUAAAAUAGCACAAGUUUAAACGCUUUUGUUUCAAUUUAGUCAUUCACAGUUGACUAUUUAACUUGUUUUUUAAAACCCUGGAUAUUUAGUUAGGAGAGUAUUUUAAUUCAGUUGCUGCAAGCGUUAAACCUUAUUUACAAGAGAAAACUUGCUUUUGACACAGGGAAAUGUGAACGUUUUUAUUAACGACAUUGUAAAAGUAUUUAAAACGUGGAAAAUUACGUAAUGUUUCAACCGUAGUGUGAAUUGUAAAUAUAUUAAGGAUAAUACAGUCGAAAUAUUGGAGAACUUUAGUCCGAAGCAUAAUGUUGCUUCAGUAUUACAUUACAGUUCUAACAUAUUUCGGAGUUUUGGACUUUAUGAAUGCUGACCCCACUUGUUUUGACUCUGAAAAAAACUGUGCACUUUGGGAUUCGAUUUUUAAAAUCUGCAAGAUGCCUGAUAACGCAAAGAAAGUUUGUCAAAAGUUUUGCGAAUUAUGUGAUGCGGUAGAUGGAAGUUGGACAGUUUGGUCUUCAUGGAUGGGGUGUGAUGCAACUUGUGAAAACGGCACAAGAGGUCGGCUUCGCACAUGCUCACAUCCUAAGCCAAGUUUUGGUGGCAACGAUUUUUAUGGUGAUGCUUAUGAAUUGGAACCGUGCAAAGUUCCAAAGUUAUGUCCUGUACACGGUGGCUGGCAGACUUGGCAAGAUUGGAGCGCAUGCUCAACAAGCUGUGGUGUAGGAAUGCAGAGUCGUUACAGGAAUUGCUCAAAUCCUGUCCCAGAUCGCCAAGGCAAUCAUUGUUUUGGUAACAGCCUCGAAGACAGAUUGUGUUAUCCAGGACUGUGUGCAAAUGUUUGGUCGAAAUGGCAGCCAUGGGAUGCGUGUAGCGAUAGUUGCAAAGGUGGAAUUCGUACUCGAUCUAGAAUUUGCUCGAAUCCAUCACCGUUUACAGCAGAGGGUGAUUGUCCUGGUAAUUCUACCGAAAUUAAAACAUGUGAUGAUAAGCUUUGUUUCUCCGACUGCUAUGAAAUUCAUCAAAAGCAAAACAAGUCACAAAGUGGUAUUUACAAUAUAACCUUGUGGAAGACAAAGCAGACAAUACAAAUGAAAUGUGAUAUGGACACCGACAAGGGAGGUUGGACGUGAACAUUUAAUUUUGAUAACAAAAACCAUAAGAAUCGGACGAAGGUCUUUUAUUUAUUGAUAUAGUAUCCGUUAUACAUGUAUGUACUAGUAAUAUGCAAAUUGGAACAACAAAAUUAAUACAUUUUCUUAUUUCAUGUUGUUGUCAUAUUGUUGUUUUAAACAUUCAUAAUGAUUAUUAAAAGGAAAAUUUGAAUGUUGGUUAUGGAUGUUGGAUAAAA